AUGGAAGAUUCAGGUUCUAUCAAAGUUUUAAUUAAAGAUCUUGGUUCGGAACAUUAUGCUUCAAAAGUUGGUGAGGAACCACUUACGGACUAUCCUAUGUUUGUCAAGCUUACUUUUAGAGAAGACAGUUGGCUUCCAUUUCUUAAUUUUUCUAUUAUAGCUAAUGGUACAACAUACAAUUAUAAUCCUGAACAUAGAAGUUUGGUUUAUAAAAAUGAUUUAAUUUUUUUUGUGGACAUAUUCGUUUUUAGAGACAAUGUUAAUAAACCGCUUUUAGUUGGAGUUAACAAUGGAACUAACUACUAUUACUUCAGAAUAAGUGAAUCGGAAGGUCAUGACACUCAACUCGAACUGGAUCACCCUUGUAAUUGUUCACUUACAACAUUUUUUGAUAUGUUACUAGAUGAACAUGAAAAAACAAACAGGACAAUUACAUUUAAAAUAGAUAAUAAAACCGGAUAUGACGGUGUAGAUUUUACUAAUGAAACAAAGUAUGGAUUUUCCACUUUUAAACAUGUGCUUAAAAAUGACUAUAAACUUCAUUUUAUUGUUGCUUUAAAAGGAAGAAAUGAAAUUUUUGAUUACGAAACCCUUGAAAGUAUUCAAAAUAAAAAUUUUAGAGAGAUGACUGCGUAUUACAGUAAUAAAUCCAAUACUGAAAUUCCUUUAUUAAUUGAAUUUUUUAAUGGGAGUAAGAGAUGUUACUAUCAUAAAGAAAACAUCCAUCAAAAAUAUUGGACCGAGAUGGAUAUUAAGGAUGAAAACGAUCUAGAAAAAGAACUAAACCAUCUUGAAGCAAAGUUAUUUUACUCUAUUUUAGUUUCAAUAGACCGAAAGAGUGAUUAUAUUAGGGGAGUAAUAAUAGAUGAUAUACACUCUGAGGGUUUGAAUGAUCCUAAAAACGAACAAAUCAAAGUUGAUAAAAAUGAAAAAUACUCAAUUUCAAAUUAUGUGUGUUAUGAACAUGAUUUAAGUGUGUAUAAUACAAUAAAUUUUGGGCACAAAAAUUUUGAAUAUGGUGAUUAUUUCAAAUCAUUAUUUAUUAACAUAUCUAAUAUAACAAUAGAAAUUGCUGAAGAAAUUUUAGACUUUAUUCUAUUUGUUGAACCAACCCCUAAGUUAUAUGUAUGGUUUUACGAAAAAUUAAAGAAAGAAGAUGAGCAAAAUUUGCCAUUGAUGAUACAAUAUUACAAUAAAACUUACAUUCCUAAAAGUAGAAAUGAGUAUUUCGAUAAAUGGGUAGUUCUUAAAUCUCUAUCUGAUUCUACACAAAAUGAAAAAAUGUAUUUUAAUACAAUUAUACAAAAGUCCGAAAGUUUUAAUUUUAUGUUAAAAAACUUUGAAUCUAACAAAUUUAAACAUGAGUUAGACAUAGUUAAUGUUAUGUUAAAUGAAAUCGAUCUAAAUCAUAAAAUGGUUAAUACCAGUAUGACCAGCGAGUACGGUAUACCCAGACCUGCUUAUUUGAAUACUACAUAUGACACGAGUAGGAUACAUGUUGAAUAUAAUUAUUAUCAAGAUUUAUUUAUUAACUGUACUCAUACUACAAAAAAUGGGUUCACGAUUGGAAAACAAUAUUAUACCAAACAAAUAUACGAUCAAAGAAGUAUUAGAGAAAAAAAUAACCCUGUUCGUAAACAUAAUAAAAGCAAGGAUCAGAAAGGUGAAUUGAAUGUUAACUCUAGGGAUGUUAGCAUAUAUUAUUUUAAAUAUGACCGUGAUAGUGAAUACCCUUUAAUGGUUGAAUUUAAACUAUAUGAUAGCCUCCACGAAUAUUAUGUACUUAGGUGUAAUUUUUUUAACAAGGCUGAAUAUGAGUUAAGAAAACUCCCAUUCUGUGAUAAAAUUAAAGGCAACGAUCUUUGUACUAUACUCACACAUCAGAAUUUCAUAAUUCACAAUGUUAUAAGCAUAAAAUUGGAUAAACGGUCAUCAUACGCAUGUUGUGACAAGAAAACCCAUAACAAAUAUUUAGAGCUUGUUCCAAUCAAAAUUUGGGGAUUUGAAUGUUGUCGGUUUAAAGAUGAAAAAAAUAGUAAAACUACAAACUUUCCUUUUAUACAUGUGGCUGGAUACCGUACAAAUUCAUCACAUGGCUAUAUUCCAUUUAAACAUAAUCUAACAACGUUUUUAACCAAUAAAAAUAUGGGAACCCAAGACAAUAAAUUAGAACAGAUAAAAAUAAAAGGAUUCCAAAUAAAUAAUAACGAUAUCACAUUAAAUGGUACAGGAUUAGAUAGACGAGCUGUUGUUAAAGCCCCUUAUGUGUUUGUAUAUUUUUACGGCAAUGAUCCUAGACCCCUAUUAGUGUAUUUUAACAAUAAAGUUUAUGUUCCCGAGGGACUAUCCAAUUACCCAAGUGUAUGGAAUCCUGUUAAUAGUCAGAAAAAAUUCACAAUCAGAAGUCAACAACAUAUUAAUUUGUUAUACCAGAAUAUUUUGGACAAGUUAAAUGUGACAGUAGGAUUUUUAAAUACGGUCAACCUUUAUCAACAUAACAAGGAUGAUAAGAAUCACACUUAUGAUGUUCACACAUACAAUAACCAUCAUGUAAAGAUAAAUGUAAAACCACAAAACUUUUCAUUUUCAUCAACCAGUUUUUCUACUAGCUGUUACAAGAAACUUACACAUACCCCAAAUGGUAUGAAUACAAAAACUGGAAGUGACCACGAUGGAUUUAGGUUAGGUAACAUAGAAUAUAAUGGAAAUGGACUAACAGGCACACUGGAUUACAGUAACUGCUUUCAUAAAUGGCACCCUUUAAUUAGUGUCAGUGUAUACUACUAUAAACAUGACAAUGAUUACAAGGAUCCUCUUUUAGUUGAGCUAAAGUUUAAGGUCAUUAUGACUGAUAGGUUAUUUGACUAUUACUAUAAGCUAAAGACUUCUGAAGGAAACCAGUUAAAAUGGGAAAUGGAUAAUAACGCUAAAAAGUUUGUAAAUGGAGGCAAUGACAAUCUGGCAAAAUACUUAAAUGGUAUUAGGUCUCAGCUAAAAAAGAUCUUGAAAAUAGAAAUAAACAGACAGGCCCGAUAUGAUUUGAUGUUGUCGGAAAAAGCCGGUAAAGCUGAUACAUUUCAAAAAGAGAAUCAUUAUCAAAUAGAGGUUGAAAGGUGUACCGACUGUCCAACGUUAUCUAACCAAGAUUACAAGACCUUUGUUCACAAAAUCUCAAACAUAAAUGAAAGUUUCGAUUACAAUUCUAUAGGAGGCAUAGUAUUUACUUUACCCGGUACUGAUGAAAAGAACAUUGAAAUUUCACUUGAAGAUUCAAAGACUUUGAAUCCUAUUGGCAUUAUUCAUUAUGAUCAAUGCAUGGGAGAUGUUCAUGUGUAUUUUUCUAAAAAGUCGGAUUCACCUGCUGGAGUACCAAUUCUUAUUCGCCUUAAUGAUCAGUGGUACACUCCUAAUAAAAUUGAGAACUACUAUACAAAAUGGUCUCGUGUGGAUAAAUUAGAAGUUCUUCCUGGACUUUAUGAGUUUAAAGAUCAGUCAAUGAUUAAGAAAUAUUUUGAAGAAGUAAAUAAAACGCCAAAUCAAGAGAAUGAAUUUACAGUUUCUAGUUUAAAAUUUCCUAAACCUGAUUCUACCGAAGGCAAUAAAAUUUCUGCUGAUGACGUGAAAUUGUAUAUUGAUGUGGCCAAAAAUCCUUCUCACAAUGACAUGGAGGUACAUUAUAAUCAUGAUUCUGAAAUAGCUCCUGUUAAUAACAUGAUGCCCUCUGUCCAGAUAGAAAUACCUUCUUCCGACUCAAAAAAACAAGUUGACAUAGAAACACCUAAUGUCGAUUUUGAUAUGUAUCCUGCUGAUGAUUUGAAAAUAUUUUCUGUUAAUUACCCUCAAAUACCUCCUGAUAAUUUGGAAAUGACUUAUGUUAAUAAUUUAGAAAUAUCUCCUGCUAACGAUUUGGAAAUGCCGUAUUCAAAUGAAGUCCAGGUACCUCCUAUUUACGAUCUGAAAAUGCCUUCCAUUGAUGAUUUCGAAACCUCUCCCGUUAAUGAUCCCAAAAUACCUUACGUUCGUGAUCUGAAGAUACCUUAUACUCAUCAUUUGGCAGCGGCAUCUAUCGAUUUAAAACAAACUCAUGUUGAUAUAGAAAGACCUGAUAAAUCCAUAAAAAAACCCAUUGUUAACAUAGAUAUGACUCCUGUUAAUGUAUUCGAAGUAGCUUCUUUUAAAGACGUAAAUAAAUCUGAUGUUGACACAGAAACCCCUCCUGAUGAUGAUUUGGAAAUAUUUCCCGUUAAAUACCCUCAAACAACUUAUUUAUGUGAUCCUGAACUAGAAAGUUUAGAUGAUAAAUUUCGAGAAGCAUUAGAAGACGAUUCUAAUAUUCAGGGAGACCAACCAAAAGCAUUUGUAGGUUCAAAAAUCCUUGACUUCACACAGGACCAUAAUCCCGGUUUUAGAUCCCGUGAAGUUUCAGAAAAAGUUUUAAACCCUAAAAAUAUGAAUCCUAAAGAACUUUCUUUCGAUCAACCUCCUAACCCUCUUGCUUCAACUGGACUAGCAUCUACUUCAGCUGAUUCUGAUAACUCUUAUUUAGGUCCUAUAUUAGGAGGGACUUUCGGCUUGCUUGUAACUCUAGGUCUUUUUACGUUUAUGUUAUUUAAAUAUUUUAGGAGAGUUCGACUCCGGAACAUGAUUCCACAGCUUUACUAA